UCUUACAGAGAAAAGGUCAGACUCACCAGAACCCAGCUGUGUCUCCAUGAAGAGUGACGUCUCGAUGGAUCCUCCAUUGCACUUUAGAGGCGGAGUCCCUCCUACUGAUCUGAGGGGUCUCCACAGUGAAUCAUCUCUCUCCACCUAUCCCUAUCUUCUGCAUCCUCAACACUUACACCCACUAGCUUCAUAUCUUCAUUUAUUACAUCUAUAUACCUCCUCUUUGGUCUUCCUCUUUUCCUCCUGCCUGGCAGCUCAAUGUCCAACAUUCUCCUACCAAUAUACUCACUCUCCCUCCUCUGGACAUGUCCAAACCAUCUUAAUCUGGCCACCCUAAUUUUGUCCCCCAAACGUCCAACAUGAGCUAUCUCUCUGAUGUACUCUUUCCUAAUCCUGUCCAACCUUGUCACUCCCAAAGAGAACCUCAACAUCUUCAGCUCUGCUACCUCCAGCUCUGACUCCUGUCUCUGUCUCAGUGACACUGUCUCCAAACCAUACAGCAUGGCUGGUCUCACCACUGUCUUGUACACCUUCCCCCAGACACCUUUCUCCACCCAUUCCAACCUGCCUGCACUCGCUUCUUUACCUCUUUCCCACACUCUCCAUUACUCUGGACUGUUGACCCCAAGUACUUAAACUCCUGUCCCUUCUUCACCUCUUCACCCUGUAAUCUUACUGUUCCACUUCCCUCCCUGUCAUUCACACACAUGUACUCAGUUUUACUACGACUGACUUUCAUUCCUCUUCUCUCCAGUGCAAACAUCCACCUCUCCAUGUUUUCCUCCACCUGCUCCCUGUUCUCACUACAGAUCACAAUGUCAUCUGCAAACAUCAUUGUCCAAAGAGACUCCUGUCUGACCUCCUCUGACAACUGGUCCAUCAGCAUAGCAAACAGGAAGGGGCUCAGAGCCGAUCCCUGAUGCAGUCCCACCUCCACUUUGAACUCCUCUGUCUGACCUACAGCACACCUCACCACUGUCCUGCUCCUCUCAUACAUGUCCUGCACCACUCUGACAUACUUCUCUGCUACUCCUGACUUCCUCAUACAGUACCACAGCUCUUCUCUUGGCACCCUGUCAUACGCUUUCUCCAAGUCUACAAACACACAGUGCAGCUCUCUCUGACCAUCCCUAUACUUCUCCAUCAACAUUCUCAGAGCAAAAAUUGCAUCUGUUGUGCUCUUUCUGGACAUGAAGCCAUACUGCUGCUCACAAAUUUCCACUACCUUCCUUAACCUAGCUUCCACUACUCUUUCCCAUAGCUUCAUUGUAUGGCUCAUCAACUUUAUCCCCCUAUAGUUGCUGCAACUCUGCACAUAACCCUUAUUCUUAAAGAUCGGCACUAAUACACUUCUUCUCCAUUCCUCAGGCAUCUUCUCACUCUCUAAAACCCUGUUAAACAGACUAGUUAAAAAUUCCACUGCUGCCUCUCCUAGACACUUCCAGACCUCCACCGGGAUGUCGUCAGGACCAACUGCCUUUCCAUUUUUCAUCCUCUUCAAAGCCUUCCUGACUUCAUCCUUUCUAAUCUUAUCUACUUCCUGUUCCACAGAGUUCACCCCUUCUACUCUUUUUUCCCUCUCAUUUUCCUCAUUCAUCAGCUCUUCAAAGUUCUCCUUCCAUCUCCUCUGUACACUCUCCUCACUUGUGAGCACCUUUCCAUCUCUAUCCUUAAUAACUCUAACUUGCCUCACAUCCUUCCCAUCUCGAUCCCUCUGCCUAGCUAACCUGUACAAGUCCUCCUCUCCUUUUCUAGUGUCUAACCUAGUGUACAACUCAUCAUACGCCUUCUGCUUGGCCUUAGACCCCUCCCUCUUCACUCUGUGCUGUAACUCCUUGUAUUCCUGUCUAUUCUCUUCAGUCCUGUCCAUGUCCCACUUCUUCUUGGCUAACCUCUUCCUCUGAAUACUAUCUUGAACUUCCUCAUUCCACCACCAAGUCUCCUUAUCUUCUUUCCUCCUUCCAGAUGACACACCCAGCACCUUUCUUCCUGUCUCCCUGAUCACUUCUGCUGUAGUUUCCCAGUCAUCUGGCAGCACUACCUGACCACCCAGAGCCUGCCUCAACUUCUGUCUAAAUUCCUUACAACAUUCCUCCUUUUUCAGCUUCCACCACUUGGUUUUCUUCUCCAUCUCUAUCUUUGACCUCUGCUUACAGACCAUCAGAUUCAUCCUACACACCACCAUCCUGUACUGUCUGGCUACACUCUCUCCCACUACCACUUUACAGUCACUAAUCUCUUUCAGAUUGCCUCUUCUACAUAGGAUGUAGUCUACCUGUGUGCUCCUACCUCCACUCUUGCUCUCCAACAUGGGAAAUAAACAGAGUCUCUCGACAGAAUCAAACAAAAAGUCAGGCAAAAGUCUUACAGAGAAAAGGUCAGACUCACCAGAACCCAGCUGUGUCUCCAUGAAGAGUGACGUCUCGAUGGAUCCUCCAUUGCACUUUAGAGGCGGAGUCCCUCCUACUGAUCUGAGGCUCUCCAACAUGGGAAAUAAACAGAGUCUCUCGACAGAAUCAAACAAAAAGUCAGGCAAAAGUCUUACAGAGAAAAGGUCAGACUCACCAGAACCCAGCUGUGUCUCCAUGAAGAGUGACGUCUCGAUGGAUCCUCCAUUGCACUUUAGAGGCGGAGUCCCUCCUACUGAUCUGAGAAUUCAAGAGAACAGAUCCAAAAUUACCAGAAUAGCACAAGCUCAUCAUCAGAUCACCACACUGCAGACUGAGCUGGACCUGACCUCUAAGUAUCAGCAAAAACUCAAAUCCAACCUGAGGGAAAAAUGUAAAAGAAUUAAUGAAGGAAUCUCACAGCAUGGAAUCUCCACACUUCUGAAUGAGAUCUACACAGAGCUCUAUAUCACAGAGGGUUGGAGUGAAGAUGUCAAUAAAGAACAUGAGGUGAGACAGAUUGAGACAGUGUCCAGGAGACCAGCAACACAGGAGACAACCAUCAACAGUAAUGAUCUCUUUAAGUACAAGUCCAUCAGAACUGUCCUGACUAAAGGAGUUGCUGGAAUUGGAAAAACAGUCUCUGUGCAAAAGUUCAUUCUGGACUGGACUGAAGGAAAAGAAAAUCAGGACAUCACCUUCAUGUUUCCACUUCCCUUUAGAGAGCUGAAUCUGAUGAAGAGGAAAAAUAUCAGUCUGAUGGAUCUUCUUCAUCACUUUUUCCCAGAAAUAAGAAAAUUAAAUUUAAUAAACUGUGAUGCCUACAAAGUCCUGUUCAUCUUUGAUGGUCUGGAUGAGUGUCGACUUCCUCUAAAUUUCCAGAAGAAUGAGAGAUUGUUUGAUGUGACAGAGUCAGCCUCAGUGGAUGUUCUGCUGACGAACCUCAUCAAGGGGAAUCUGCUUCCAUCUGCUCUCCUCUGGAUAACCUCUCGACCAGGAGCAGCCAAUCAGAUCCCUCCUGAGUGUGUAGACCAGCUAACAGAGAUACGAGGCUUCAGUGAUCCUCAGAAAGAGGAGUACUUCCGGAAGAAGAUCAGUGAUCAGAACCUGGCCAAUAAAAUCAUCACACAUGUGAAGUCUUCAAGAAGUCUCUACAUAAUGUGCCACAUCCCAGUCUUCUGCUGGAUCUCAGCCACUGUUCUAGAGAGAAUGUUGGGUGAAGCAGAGAGUGGAGAGAUCCCCAAGACUCUGACUCAAAUGUAUACACACUUCCUGAUCUUUCAGAUCAAACACAAGGACGAAAAGUACCAGCUGAUAUGUGACCCUGAUCCUCAGAAGAUCAGUGAGAGUAUUCUGGCGCUGGGAAAACUGGCUUUCCAUCAGCUGGAGAAAGGAAACCUGAUCUUCUAUGAGGAAGACCUGAGAGAGUGUGGCAUUGAUGUCAGAGACGUGUCAGUGUACUCAGGAGUGUGUACCCAGAUCUUCAGAGAGGAGUUUGGGCUUCACCUGGGGAAGGUCUUCAGCUUUGUACAUCUGAGUGUUCAGGAGUUUCUGGCUGCUUUAUACGCAUUUCUCCGCUUUAUCAGCAGAAAUGUAACAGAAGAACAAACCACUGGUCUGUCUGAUCUUUUCAACAAGUCAAACAUGUCUGAUUUCCUGAAGUGUACAGUGGACAAGGCCUUACAGAGUGAGAAUGGACAUCUGGACCUGUUCCUCCGCUUCCUUCUGGGUCUCUCACUGGAGUCCAAUCAGACUCUCUUAAAAGGCUUAAUGCUACAGACAGGAAGUAGCUCUCACAGCAAACAAGAAACAGUUGAGUACAUAAAGGAGAAGAUAAAGAAGAAUCCAUCUCCAGAGAAAUCCAUCAAUCUGUUCCACUGUCUGAAUGAACUGAAUGAUCGUUCUCUAGUGCAGGAAGUACAAAGGUAUGUGAACAAAAAAGGUUAUGGUCGUCUCAGUAGAACCAGACUCUCUCCUGCUCAGUGGUCAGCUCUGGUGUUUGUGUUACUGAACUCAGACAAGGAGCUGGAUGAGUUUAAUUUGAGGAAAUAUGAUCCAUCAGAUGAAUGUCUUCUGAGAUUGCUGCCAGUGGUCAAAGCCUCCAGAAAAGCUGAUCUGAGUAACUGUAACCUGAGAGAGGAAAGCUGUAGAGCUCUGUCCUCAGUUCUCAGCUCAAACUCCUCCAGACUGAGAGAACUGGACCUGAGUGACAAUAAACUGCAGGAUUCAGGAGUGAAGCUGCUCUCUGAUGGACUGAAGAAUCCACACUGUACACUGGAGAUACUGAGCCUGUGGAACUGUAACCUGACAGAGGAAAGCUGUAGAGCUCUGUCCUCAGUUCUCAGCUCAAACUCCUCCAGACUGAGAGAACUGAACCUGAGAGGAAAUAAACUGCAGGAUUCAGGAGUGAAGCUGCUCUCUGAUGGACUGAAGAAUCCACACUGUACACUGGAGAAACUGAACCUGUGGAACUGUGAGCUGACAGAGGAAAGUUGUAGAGCUCUGUCCUCAGUUCUCAGCUCAAACUCCUCCAGACUGAGAGAACUGGACCUGAGAGGAAAUGAACUGCAGGAUUCAGGAGUGAAGCUGCUCUCUGAUGGACUGAAGAAUCCACACUGUACACUGGAGAAACUGAGUCUGCGUUACUGUUCCCUGACAGAGGAAAGCUGUAGAUCUCUGUCCUCAGUUCUCAGCUCAAACUCCUCCAGACUGAGAGAACUGAACUUGAGUGGAAAUGAACUGCAGGAUUCAGGAGUGAAGCUGCUCUCUGAUGGACUGAAGAAUCCAAACUGUAUACUGGAGAUACUGGAUCUGCGUUGCUGUAACCUGACAGAGGAAAGCUGUAGAUCUCUGUCCUCAGUUCUCAGCUCAAACUCCUCCAGACUGAAGGAACUGGACCUGAGUUACAAUAAACUGCAGGAUUCAGGAGUGAAGCAGCUCUGUGGUGGGCUAAAGAAUCCGCAUUGCAAACUGGAAAAACUGAGUCUGAGUGGGUGUAACCUGACAGAGGAAAGCUGUACAGAUCUGUCCUCAGUUUUUAGCUCAAACUCCAUACUCAGAAACCUGGAGCUGAGUUACAAUAAACUGCUGCAGGAUUCAGGAGUAGAUCUGGAUUUUGAAGGACUGAAGUAUCCAAACCGUUCACUGAAGAAAAUGACUCAGCUUUACUUUCAUCUGCUUGAGGAAAGCUGUAGAGCUCUGUCCUCAGUUAUCAACGUAACCCACUCCAGAACCUCCAGACUGAAAGAACUGGAGCUGAGUGACAAUAACCUUCAGGAUUUAGGUGUGAAGCUGCUCUCUGAUGGACUGAAGAAUCCACACUGUACACUGGAGAUACUGCGUCUGCGUUACUGUAACCUUACAAAAGAAAGCUGUAGAUCUCUGUCCUCAGUUCUCAGCUCAAACUCCUCCAGACUGAGAGAACUGGACCUGAGUGGAAAUGGACUGCAGGAUUCAGGAGUGAAGCUGCUCUCUGAUGGACUGAAGCAUCUACACUGUACACUGGAGAAACUGGAGAUGUGUUACUGCAGUAUUACAGAUGAAGGUUGUGUUGCUCUGGCUUCAGCUCUGAGAUCAAACUCCUCAUCAUACCUGAGAGAAUUGAAUCUGAAAAAUAAUAGAACAGGGGAAUCAGGAGAGAAGCUACUCAGAGAUCUAGUGAAGAAUCCACACUGUAAACUGGAAAAACUACAGUCGCCAUCAAAGUGUUGACCAAAGAUCCUGAUGAUAUACUCAUCCCCAUCCCCGGAGAGAUGCUCAAGCUCCCUCUAGAGGUGGUGUUAAUGAAGAUGGUGUCCAAGCCAGAAUGUAAGAACAUGGUGGAGCUGCUGGAAUGGUUC